UAAAUCAGCUAACAGAGUGCGAGGGCUUGGCCUAUAAAAGAGAGAUUGCAGCGUAAAAUUGCCAACAGUUGAAAUUUGAAAUUACAACGGAAGCAAGCCAGCAGCUUACAGAAUGCCUUACACCCCAGUGAAUUCCUACGAUGCCGAUCUGAAGAUCUGGAGCGGAGAGCCAGUGGAGCACUACUUUGACCCACAUCUGUCUAUCGGGGAGAUCAUCUUCCACGAGAUGCGGCGUCAUCCCAAGCUCAUUGCCCAGAUCUCAGCCACGGAGAACACUGUGCUGACCAGACAGGAGCUCCAUAACAACUCGAUGAAAAUUGCCAGUUAUAUGCGUUCAUUGGGUCUCCUCCAAUCCGAUGUGGUGGGAUUAAUAGGCAGAAACACCACUCAUAUGCCUGCUCUGGCAUACGCCUGUUUCUUUAAUGGAAUCGCCUUUCACUCGCUAAACAUUAGCUAUGAUCAGAGCACCAUAGAAAAGCUAUUUGACAUUACGAAACCUCGUCUCAUUUUCUGCGAUGGAGAUGAGUUCGAGAAGGUGCGAGCUGCCACCGCAGCCUUAGACGUGAAGAUCAUCACCAUGCGCAAUCAUUCAUCGGACUCUAUUAGUAUUGAUGAAGUUCUGGCGACUCCCAUUGAGGAGAAGUUCCAACCAGCUCGCCUGGAACAGGGCAACGAUCAGAAUCUGGCCAUUCUCUGCUCUUCUGGUACCACUGGAACUCCCAAGGCGGUCACCAUUACCAACAGCCGACAUAUCCUGGCUGCCAACAACCACCUGACCACAGCUGACAUUCAAUACUCCCACAACACCCUCGAUUGGAUAAGCGGUCUUUUGACCACUGUAACCUCUGGCGUGUUCAGCACCACUCGGAUCAUUGCUGACAAUGCCUUUGAUCCCGUCUUUGCCCUGCGAAUCAUUGAGGAGUACAAGGUAACGUGGCUUAUUCAGCCGCCAUCCUGUAUGGCCAUGAUGGUGAAUUCUCCGGAAUUCGAGACCAGUGAUCUGUCCAGUCUGCGGUACUUCGUCUUCGGUGGAUCUCGUGCUGCAUUAGAGGUGCAGCAGGCCAUCAGGAGUCGGCUGAGCAGCGAUUGCCUACAGUUUAUGUAUGGAUUCACGGAACUCGGUGCCUUGGCUACCUACAAUUGUCACUUUGAUGAGAAGCCCAACUCGGUGGGACGUUUGGCCGACGGUCUCAAGCUGAAAAUAGUAUCUGAGGAUGGCAAAUCCCUUGGACCUGGUGAGAUGGGCGAAGUGUGUAUCAAGAAUAAUCAACACUGGGCAGGUUACUAUGGAAACCAGCUGGAGUCCCGCCAGAUGCGAGAUCCCGAGCGAUGGUAUCACUCCGGAGAUCUUGGCUACAUGGACAAAGACGGUUUCCUUUACGUGAUGGAGCGCAAAAAGGAUAUGUUGAAAUACCAGAACAUCAUGUACUAUCCCCACGAAAUCGAAAGUGUCAUCUCGGAGAUGCCUCAAGUGUCGGAGGUUUGUGUCUUUGGCGUAUGGAGUAAUAUUUAUGGAGACGAGGCUGCAGCCGUCGUGGUAAAGAAACAGGGCAGUGAUCUUAAGGCCCAGGAUGUAGUGGAAUAUGUGAGCACACGGACGGACUCCAAGUAUAAGCAGUUGAAUGGAGGAGCCAUUAUUGUGGAUGAUCUCAUGCGCAGCGCCAAUGGAAAGACCAAUCGAAUUGCCAACAAGAAUCACUACUUGCAUUUAAAAGAAAGGAGCUAAUAAUUUGGGAAGAUAUAUAUUUUAAUAAAUCUUUUGUUGCCAUUAA